GAAAAAAAUAUUAACUACGAUGUAAACAACAUGGCUGCUUGCAUGAAAUGGAAAAGCGUGAAAGAACCAUCCGGACCAAGUCCAAAACCAAGACACGGUCACCGUGCUGUCGCAAUAAGAGAUUUAAUUGUAAUAUUUGGCGGUGGAAACGAAGGCAUUGUUGAAGAAUUGCAUGUUUACAACACUGCCACCAACCAAUGGUUCGUUCCUGCAGUUCAAGGUGAUAUACCUCCUGGUUGCGCUGCAUUUGGCUUCGUUUGUGAUGGUACCUGGUUACUUAUUUUUGGUGGCAUGGUAGAAUAUGGGAGAUAUUCUAAUGAGCUUUAUGAACUUCAAGCGAGCAGAUGGGAGUGGAAACACCUUCACCCAAAGGCUCCCGCAAACAAUAUUCCUCCAUGCCCCCGGCUUGGACACAGUUUCACCCUAGUUGGCAAAAAAAUAUUUUUGUUUGGUGGACUUGCAAAUGACAGUGAAGAUCCUAGGAGUAAUAUUCCUAGGUAUUUGAAUGAUUUAUACACCCUUGACCUAAGUCAACAUGAUAAUUUGCAAUGGGAUGUUCCAUUAACAUAUGGCCAACCACCCACCGCUAGAGAAUCACAUUCUGCAGUCCUGCACACUGCAGAAAAUGGCAAGCAUCCUCGUCUUUUUAUAUAUGGUGGAAUGAGUGGGUGCAGAUUGGGCGAUGUUUAUAUAUUAGAUGUUGAUAAGAUGUUAUGGUCGAAACCUGUAAUUCAUGGAAUAGCUCCACUGCCAAGAAGUUUACACACAGCUGUCAUGAUCGGCAAGAGAAUGUAUGUAUUUGGUGGCUGGGUUCCAUUACUGGUUGAUGAUGGAAAGUCUAGUCAUGAAAAAGAAUGGAAGUGCACAAAUACAUUAGCUUGUCUUAACGUUGAAAAGUUAAGAUGGGAAGCUAUCAAUGUUGAUGGAGCUGAUGAUCAAAUACUAAAACCACGUGCAGGACAUUCUGCUGUCAAUGUUCACACGAGAAUGUAUGUUUGGAGUGGCAGGGAUGGAUACAGAAAGGCUUGGAAUAAUCAAGUUGAAAAUGUUUGCUGCAAAGAUUUGUGGUUUCUGGAGACAGAACGACCUCCUGCGCCAUCUCGUGUUCAACUUGUAAGAGCUACUACAACAACUUUGGAAGUAUGUUGGGGAGCUAUCCCAACAGCUGAUGCUUACAUUAUUCAAAUACAAAAGUACGAAGUGCCAGCUCCUACAACCCCCUCUAAUUCUGCUGCAGUUACAAGUUUAUCAAAUAGAGCCAUUACCUCUACCACUACCCCGACUCAGUUACUAGGGGCUAAUGCUGCACACGUAGUUCGAUUGCCAAACGCUUCUUCAAGUACAACACCGUUGGCUAUUUCAAAAACGUUGGGUGUGUCCGAUGCUACUCUCAAGUCCAAACUAAAAAUGCCCGUAACGACAAUUGCUGGCGUCAAAGCUCCUUCUUUAAUAACUACUCCAAAAUCCGUUUCCCAAAUUCCAAUUCAGCUUGGAGGGCAGAUUAAAAACCAACACAUUACACUGGCGGCUCUUAACCAGUUGACGGCUGGCAAAUUGACUGGUACACAAAUUAAUGCUACUGGUGGAAAAACUGUUCAGAUAAUUUCUCCGGCUAAGGCUGGUGCUAAACCCGUGGUGCAAACAGUUGCUAAAGCAGGAAUGAAUAAUCCAAUAUUAACACCUCAGGUGUCCAAUACGACAGCAUCUCCUGCCAUAAAGGUAGUAUCGAAUGCUGCUGCACCUACCACCGGCACAUCUUCAGCCACUCAGUAUGCAUUGGUAAGAGCUCAACUGCCAGGUUCUGGAGGUGCUCCACCGCAAACAGUAACAUUCAUACGUGCGAUUGGACCAAACACUACUACAACAAGUGGCAGCAGUGGAACCACGGUCACCGUAACACCGCAACAGAUGGCUGCGUUACUAAAAGGUCAGCAAGGUCAAAGCCAGAUACAAAAAGUUCUCAGUGCUGCUACUGGUGGAGCUCAGCUUCGCGUGCCAACUCCUUUAAGCAGUCCUAAUAUUGCAAAGUUAGGUUCCGCACAAGCGAGUCCAUCAAAACUGGUAUCUGUGCAGUUUCCUCCAAAAGCUGGUGUCACAAGUACAGUAAAAGCUGUGAACGUGAGUUCCUUCCUUGGAACUAAAAUGGGAGUUGUGACAACUCAAGCAACAAAUAUCUCUCCUAUGGCCACACUUGUGUCUGGAGCAGGUGCUGGGAAGACGGGUUCACCUGUUUCACUAGUAAAUCAGUUUCCGGCUGUUCGUCCUCAGUUGCCAUCUGGAUUGGCUAAUUUAAAUAUAUUAACUACUACAAGUAGUAAAAUACAAACCCUUGCUGCGACUGUAAACAGUGCUGUCAGCACAACGACAGAGCCUAUUCCUGGAAUACCAAAUACUCCAUCUAUAUCUACGCAAGCACCCUCCUCCCUUGAUGCGCAAAACACACUUGCUGCAGAGACUCCAAUUUCUGAUGUUUCUUCCUCGACUAAUGCAGAUUCAAAUGAAUCUCCUGACGAGAAGAAAGUUAGUGAUGCCCAAACUGAAAAGAAGGAGGUUUCUGACAAGCCUGUUGCCGAUGAAAAACCAAUGGAAGUACAAAACGCGCAAGCGCCUGUUAGUAGCGAGAUAAAAGAAGACAUCAAAACCGAAGAAGAGGCUAUAUUAAUGAACGGGGAGCAACAACAUGAAAAAAUGGAAACGGAUUCGGUAAAAACCAACGAAGAGGAGAGGAGUGCUGAUGCUUUAACGGAAAACCACCCAGAUGACAAAACUGUAAAGUUAGAAAAAGGAGAAGAGCAAAAGGCUGAAAGUGCUCUUCCUGAAACUGAUAUUAAAGAAGAACCCGCAGAUGCGAUGUCAGUUGAAUCAGUUGCUGCGACAACGUUAGCACAACUCGCAUCCAUUGCCAGCAGCUCGUCUAAUAUACAGAAUACACCAACUAAACCUGUGUCGACAACAUUAUCCGACAUAUCACAAAACCCCCUUUCCACUUUAGCAGCCUUAGCCUCGUCCUCUCCGAUUGCUACAGGACCUGUUGGGAAAGCGUCCGCUGUCAAUGGCAAUGUUGGAAACGUACUGUCUGUUAAAAAGGCUGGAAAACCCAAAGUAGGUGGUGAUGCAAUUAAGAAAGUUCAGAUGCCUUGGUUUGAUGUUGCUAUGACAACCAACACGUCCAUAGUCGUAUCUCAUUAUUACGUUCCUGUCGAAGAAGGUGACGAAAAUGAAGAUAAUGUUGUUGCAGACGGUGAAUAUAAAGGCAUGCGCAAAGUUGAACUGCAACCUGGAACGGCGUUUAAAUUCCGAGUAGCUGGCAUAAAUGUUUGCGGUAGAGGUUUAUACAGUGAUAUUGCUGCCUUCAAAACAUGUGUACCGGGAUUUCCUGGUGCACCGUGUUCGAUCAAAAUAACCAAAAACGACGUAGGAGCACAUUUGUCUUGGGAACCUCCAACGAACAGUGCAGGCAAGAUUUUGGAGUAUGCUGUAUACUUAGCCGUUGAUAACAAGAAAGGGAAAGAUGUUCCAAACACCCAGCUCACAUUCGUGCGUGUUUAUUGCGGAUCCGUGUCGUCGUGUACAGUAACGGCAGACACGCUGAAAAAUGCUCACAUCGACUUCACAACCAAGCCCGCCAUCAUCUUCAGAAUUGCUGCGAAAAAUGAGAAGGGUUAUGGUCCUGCAACCCAAGUGAGGUGGCUACAAGAUUUAAAAGAUUUGCCAGACAAUAAGUUGAAGCGAACUGCGGAAACAAGAGUGGAUAUGGCGAAGCGAGCUAAACUUUCUUAAACUUAAUCAUCUUUAACGAGUGGAAAAUUUUGAACUGUAAAUAAUUCGAAGAUACCAAUUAUUUAUUUAUUGUAUAUAGUGGAACUGAUAUAAUGCGGCGCAGUGUUCUUUAGAUGACGACACGUGCCGACGACGAGGCGGCGUGUUAUAGAUGCCGUAUUUUUUAAUUAUCUUUUUUCAUGUUAUAAAUAAAAGUUGUAAAUGAAAGAGUUACUAGUGGAUCUUGGAAAGAAAAGUAAAUCAUUUUGCACUAAUAAAUUAUUGUGUAUUUUAUAAAUGAUAGAUCGUGUAUAUUCGUGAUUUUAUUCUUUUUUACUGGCCAACUGAACUAAUUUCUACUCCGAAAAACAAAAGUAUUUCUGUAGUGUUCGUCUUUUGAACUAGAUUCUAUCGAGAACUGUUUUCAAAUUUUCAUUUAAAGCGAUUACUUCGUUUUACAUGUGUUUUCGUCAUUAUUAUUACGACUAUUAAGUUAAUAGUUUUGUUAUUUUUUUCGAAAGUUACGUGACCUCUUUCUGAUCACAUUAGCUUGUAUAGUGUGUAAAUCAAAAACUAGAGUUGUCGCCAUUUUUUAGAGUCCAUAUAGCUGAAAAUUUUUAUCAA